AACACAAAUCAAACAUUUAUUGCAAAAGAAACAAACUGCUAAAGCUAGGGGAAGUCGGGGGAGGGGAGCAAAGUCCGUGGGGCAAAGGGGCGUUGACAUUUCGGACUGAAAGCCUGCAUCAGGAAUCCAGUGUCGCCAGAAAAGUGCUCGGAACUGCCCCGUUCGGGAGCCAGAUUGGACCGAAGUCAAGAGGUUGGGUUUGAUGUGCGCAGAAUGCCGGUGGACGGCGCUGUCGAGAUUCGAUAGGCUGAAGGCGCCUCUUGCAAGUGCGGCACAUUCUUUGACGGGCGUUUACACUAACCAACCGGCGACGGGAAGCGGCGUGGCGGAUUUUCUGCCUGACUUAGAAGAAUCAACUUGUCACUUCAUUCCCUGGCUCAGCUCAACUCCAGAAUGCUCUCCUUCUUGCCUCAGAGAACACACAGUUCCCUCCUUGGGGCACAGGAGAAAAUUGGAAGAGGCAAACUCCAACAAAUCAGAUGGGAUGAUACUGAUACAGAACUUGAUGACUUGUUGCUGAAGCAGUAUCUGCACAAGCGAAAGAAGCAAUUAUUACUAAUCAUCCAACUUUGUGGACAAUUAUCAUAAAUAUGAGGCCUUGUGUAUCGGCCAGUGAUGUAUACAGCCACCAUUUUGGAAUGAUGCUUACAAAUUAAAAAAUGGAAUGAAGUUUUCUGAUCAAUCUAUGCAUGAGUCUGCCUCAUUGACAAGUAUUUCCAUAAUUCACUGGCUCCAGGCUGACUGAGUGAAUCUUUUCUUCAGCUGUGAAAUGCUGCCUUUCAUUGACCACUGCCAGUCAGUCAUGAUGGAAUCACCCUGGGAGCCUUUCCUUGUUCAUGAAUCCACUAAUUAGCACAAUAUGUUCCCCUCAUUCUAUUUAUUUAAUACUACUAUCAUAUUCUUCACCAAAUUUCUUCUUCUUGCCAUCAAUUAAUUCUUUUCUGACAGUUUCCUCCUUUUCUUCCCUCACUGUUUGCAUCAGAUCAUAACAUUGAUUGAUGAUACAUCGAUACAUUUUGGAUGUUAAGGGAAUUGAGUUGUAUGGAAUUACUGCAGGAGGGUGGUGGUAAGAUAAGAGAUCAAACAGGAUUCUAAUUGGGUGGUUGGUGAUAUGAUCUAUUUUAGCUUCUAUUUCUGAGAUGCUGUCAUAACUAACCUGGGCAGCCUUGCACUUUGAGUAGGUUAAAGAUACAAGAGGAGUUCAAAUGAGAAAAUAGGAGUGGAGUUGAGAAGCAUUGAUAUUGAGAGCCCUUGGAGGGGUAAUUUUGAAUUAAAGGUUAUUAUUGGAGAGGAUAGAUGAACCAAAGACUUUAUUGAUAUAUUAAACUAUAGGUCAAUGCAUGAUUUAUAUUUAUAUAUAUGUGGUUCUGAGAAUAUUGGAUGUGAAGAUUUUCUUCAUUCAGUCAGAAGUUCAGAGGAUCCCAGUUUAAUUGGGCCAUAGGUUAAUCAGGGUGCCCAUUUAUUUGACAACUCUUAUAGAACAAAAACUAACUGAGAAAAUAUCCAGGAUUCCCCUCAUUUAUUUAGGAUAGUAUGCCACUUAAUUGGGUCAGGAGAAUAUUGCCAAACGCCUUCUGACUAGCAUCAGCCAUGUGAAUUUGUGUGGCUGCUUGACAUUACACUGUGCUUAGAGUAAACAUUCUUCAAGUUUUGUCAGUUACGUGCAUUUGAGUUCAAAAAGCAGUGAUUUUGUCAUUGACAGUUGGCAAGAAAGAAGCAGCAAGACAAUUCAGAAUUGUUGUGCUCUCUGGUUUUAAGCAUUCAGGCUUGGAGAAGCCAGAAACAAUUUCACCACUUCCACAAGUUAGGACCUAUGAAGAAUUUGAAGGUACUGACAAUCAUUUUGAAUGUUACAAUGAAAAUGAUGAUUUGGAGGAUACAAUAAUUGAAAACAUGGUAUAAAAGCAAACUAUUAUCUGCACUAGGUGUCUGUGCUGACUUUAUUUACAAUUAAUCAGUAGAACGCGACAGUACACUGGAUGAAUUCCUCCAUCUAUAGCUAUUAGGAACUAAUAAUGUUUUAUAGUUCUAUAGUAUUAUUGAUAGAGUUCUAAUUUGAACUGUAUUUCAUUUAAAUACACAAAUUGUUACUCAGUUAAAUGGUAGUUUGUCUUUGUAACAAUUUCCAUGAAAUUAGAAAUCGGGAUGGCUGUUUAAUUGGGUCAAAAUGUACUGAUCCCAAUCUGUCCCAAUUAACUGGAAUUCAUUGUAUUUUAAGGAAAUUUUAACAUGGCAGAAGCAUGGAAUGUAAAGUGCUGCUAAUGAUGUGCAGUAUGUACCAUUGGAGUAUCUGUGUUACUCGUCUGUUUUAUCUUCCUGUUUCUUAAGUGCACUUUGCUGGCUGGUCACCAAUAUGACAUAUUUCAAAAUACUUCAUAAGCACUGCUCGAUAAUGUUCAAUUAAGUACUUUACCUUUAUUUAUGGAAUAAAGUUGGUCUCAUUUGGUAAAUCCUCUGCUUGAAAUGGAGGGCUUCACAAAGUUUUUUUGCCCUUGGCCAAAGUUAACAUUUGAGAUUCCAUAGAUGCUGCCUGACCUGCUGAGUUCCUCCAGCAUUUUGUGUGUGUUUGGAUUUCCAACAUUCGCAGAUUCUCUCUUUGUAAAAUAUAUAAGAAUUGGGUUUAUUGUCACCGACAUUUGUUGUUUUGUGGCAGAAGUACAGUGCAAGAAAUAAAAAAAAUCCAGUGAUAUACAAUAAUAAAUAAAUAAUGCAAAAGAGGAAUAAUGAGGUGGUGUUCACAGGUUUAUAAACUAUUUAGAAAUCUGAUGACGAGGGGAAGGAGCUGCUCCUAAAAUGCUGAAUAUGCAUCUUCCGGCUCCUGUACUUGCUCACUAAUGGUAAUAAUGAGACGAGGGCAUGCUCUGGAUGGCAGGGUCAUUAAUGAUGGGUGCCACCUCGAGGCACUACAUUUUUGGAGGUGCCCUCGAUGGUGUCCAUGAUGGAACUGGCUGAGUCUACAAUCCUCUGCAUGCUCAUUUGAUCCUGUGCUUUGGAGUCUCUAUGGACUGGUGAUGGAACCAGUCAGAAUGCUGUCCAUGUAUUUCUGUAGAAAUUUCCAACAGACUUCAGUGAAAUUGCAAAUCUUCUCAAACUCCUAAUGGAAUGGAGCUUCUGCCAUGCCUUUGUGAUUGGGUCAAUAUGUUGAGCAUAGAUCCUCAGGUCUUGACUCUCAAGAACAUGAAGCCGUUCAUGCAGACACCCCAAUGAGGGCUAGUGUGUGUCCUCCUGACUUCUCUUUCCUGAAGUCCACAAUCAUUUCCUUGGUUUUACUGACACUGAGUUCAAGGUUAGGUUGUGACUCCAUUUAACCAUCUUACUCCUGUACAUCUCAUUGUUGCUGUUCGAGAUUGUGCCAAUUAUUGUGGUACCUUCGGUGAAUUUAGAUGGUGUUUCGGCUGUGCCUAGCCAAAAAGUUUUGAGAGUAGAGCAGCAGCUAAGCACGCAUUCUAGAUGUGCACUUGUGUUGCCCAUCAAUACUAACUCUGAUCUCCCAAGGUGGAUGUUAAGGAUCUCGUUGCAGUGAGAGGUAGAGAGACCUAGAUUUUAAGAAUGUAAGGACAUAUGUUCUGAGGCUUGUUGAUUAAUACUGAAUGGAUGGUGUUGAACACAGCUGUAAUCAAACAGCAGACUGACAUAUUGCUGCUGUUCGAGUGAUCCAAAGCCAAGUGGCGAGCCAGUAAGAUUGCAUGUGAUAUAGAGUUGUAGAGGUAAGCAGAUUGCCACAGUUCCAGGCUCCUGCUCAGGCAGGAGUUAAUUCCAACAAGGAUCAACCUCUCAAAGCACUUUAUCACAGUAGAUAUGAGUCAUUUAGGCAGCUCACCAGUAUAAUUGAUGCCGUUUUGAAGUAGAUGGGAAACCUGAUUGCAGCAGUGAGAGUUUGAACAGUGCAGCCAUUUGGUUAAUGUAUACCAACAGACCUGAUGAUAGAAGUCAGAUGAGGACUCAUUAGUGAGUCAGAUCAAGGUUGACGUUCAAAGUUCAAAUGGCUCUGGGAAUGAAAAGUGGCAAAAAUACUUGAUUAGUGAUAUUAAGGAAAACUGCUGUUAAAAUAGGAUGUCCUAGCUUCAGCCACAGAGAUUACCCUUGCCUAUGAAAGUGAAAUAAUGAAGUCAGAAAUUUGAGGAAUUGAAAGUCCAGUUUACUGCUGCGUUUGAUGUGUUGAAAUACUAAAGGUAAUAGAAAAUGCAAUUGCUGUUAUUCUUUGGAGGUAAAAGGCAGUGCUCGCUUUACAGCUUCAUGCCGUGAAUGGCACUUUUCAGCUGUACAUCUAUUGCUGAAGCACCGUCCAAAGUAGUUUACUCAGCAGCAGCUUGACAAUUGUACAAUAAGUCUAAGAGAGGGAAAACUUACAUGUCUACACUGAUGGCUGCCAAAGAUGACACAUUUAUUCCGCUGGACUGUUUACUUCCUACAGGAAAAUUGAAAUAUUGCCUGUUAAUUCUCAAUCAGCCAAUGGACAAUGACCAGUUUCACUGCCUUUGGAGCAAAGCGGUUUUUCGAGCAUGUGCCGAUGGUGGAGCAAACCAACUCUAUGAACACACAAAAGGAAUACAAGAAAGAUUUCUGCCCAACUUCAUCAGUGGCGAUUUUGAUUCAAUUAAACCAGAAGUAAAGGAGUUCUACAAAACCAAGGAGUGUGAGAUCAUUGAUACAGAGAAUCAGGACCUCACUGACUUCACAAAAUGUUUGCAGAUACUACUUAAGAAAACAAAGGAUCAAGGAUUGAAGGUUGAUGCUGUGGCCGUACUGGGUGGACUUGGUGGACGUUUUGACCAGAUUAUGGCCAGUGUGGAAACUCUGUUCCAUGCUGUGAAGAUAACUGAGUUACCAGUUGUGAUAAUUCAAGGGACUUCACUGGCAUAUUUACUCCAGCCUGGUCACCAUAGAUUGUUGGUCAACACUGGUCUAGAAGGGAAGUGGUGUGGCCUCAUCCCAGUGGGAAAUCGGUGCAACAACGUAACAACAACCGGGCUCAAAUGGAAUCUGACCAUUUACUGCUUUGCUCUCCCCAAGCUAAAUCAGAUGAAAGGACAUGGCAGUAAAGCUAAAUGCCACCCAGAAUCACUAUAAUCUCUCCCAUUAUAGAGACUCCCUUUUUAUCGACCAUCAAGUACUCCAGUUUGGGAAACUCGUCAGCACCUCCAACACCUAUGAUGGAAGUGGAAUGGUCACAAUAGAAACCGAUGAACCGCUGUUGUGGACAAUGGGAAUAAAGAGGCAACUUAAAUGAACCACA